GAGAGAGAGAGAGAGAGAGAGAGAGAGAGAGAGAGAGAGAGAGAGAGAGAGACUGUGAGGAUAAAAGAAUCUGUCGGUAUGGACUGUUUGGACGCACUGCAACAUCUCUUCACUCGUGCCACUCUUCUACUCAAGGUCACGAGACGAAUUACGCAUAUGAUUUGGACGACGGCUGUCACAAAAUUGAAUUACUGGUAUGAAGGGACCUGAUCAAACUCAAAAGCCUUUAACAUAAAUAUGGACCUCAUGUUUCUGCAGUCUUGGUCUGCAAUACGAGUACUAAAUCAGAUGUGACAUUAAAGAGAAACACAAACUCCGCUUCUAUCUAGAACCUUCACAUCAUGACCAACGUGCUUCCUGCAGAGGAUAACAUAACAUCCGACUUUUGUCCGAACUGCAGUGUGAUUUCAUCAUUUGACAUUGAUGUUAGUAAAUCCCUGGCCCUGGGCUUUGUACUGCUGGUCUUUAUGAUAUUUGGUGUGAUGGGCAACAUCCUGGUCAUCCUCUCAGUGGCAUGCCAUCGCCACCUUCGCUCCAUGGCGCAUUACUUCAUUGCCAAUCUGGCAGUGGCGGAUCUUCUUCUCAGCUCCGUGGUGCUUCCGUUCUCUGCUGCUUCCGAAGCUUUGGGCCACUGGGCGUUCGGGCGUACUUUAUGUAACGUCUGGACGGCUGUUGAUGUACUGUGUUGCACAGCCUCCAUCCUAAGCCUCACUGUCAUCUCUGUGGAUCGCUGUGUGGCGGUCAGUUUCCCGUUACAAUAUCCUUCCCUUGCCACCGGGCGGAGAGCACUGGCAGCGGUGGUGGCCCUUUGGGUGCUCUCCAUUGCGAUUUCAGUCGGCCCCCUGUUCGGAUGGAGAGAUCCAAUGCCGGAGGAUGAAUCUGUGUGUAGAGUUAAUGAAGAAUUGGGUUAUACGAUCUUCUCAACUGCUUGUUCCUUUUACGUGCCGCUGACUGUGAUUUUGGCGAUGUACUGUAGGGUGUACAUAGUAGCAAGACACAAGACUUCCUCCAUGAGUAAAGGCAGGGAGGCGAAUGGGUUAACGGGGAAACAUGAAGUGAUGCUGCGGAUUCACUGUCGCAGGGCCCAGCAGGAAGAAAAUAAGCGAUCGAGCAAGGCGUUCAUGUGUUUAUUUAAGUUCUCGCGGGAGCAAAAGGCUGCCAAGACUCUUGGGAUCGUGGUGGGAUGUUUUGUGCUCUGCUGGCUGCCAUUUUUUCUAGUGCUGCCUAUAAGCUCCAUAUUUCCAUCUCAUAGACCCUCAGAAACAGUCUUCAAAAUUACUUUCUGGCUCGGCUACUUCAACAGCUGCCUCAAUCCAGUCAUCUAUCCGUGCUUCAGUCAGGAGUUUAAGAAGGCUUUCCAGAACGUUCUACAUGGCCGAUGCCUCAGAAGGACACCCAGGACCUUCGUCUCUUGUCGAGAUCAUACGACCCUGCAUGUCCCCAAACCCGUCUCACCCUUCGGCCUUCCUGUAACUCCACCGAGUUUACCAUCUAUUUCUGUUGACGCGAAUAAUGUAUCACCUAGUCCUGUGGCACUGACUAAGAAUUUAUACUCAGCAAAUGCAUCUGCAUGCUCUAGCAUACAAGCACCAGAAACUACAAUAUCAUCCAUGACUAAGAUUCAUCAGGUUUCCAUAGGCAAUAUAAAAGGGGAAGAUUUAUAAAACUCUGUUAAGUGUUUUACAAAGAAAAAGAAACAUGGAUAUUAGAAAGCUUGAGCUGAAUGGUGAAAUAAGGACUUCUUUAUAGGAUCUGGUAUACACAAGCGCCACCUGUUGGCCAAAAUAACACUCACAUGUGUGCAUUCGUACAGCAUCAUCUUUGUUUAAGCAUAUCUAUUAAAAACUGUGUCCACUUUGA